CUUCAACUCCAAAAGUGAAGAUUCAAUCUCCCACUUCUUUAUUUUCCCCACAAACCUUGAUCUCUUCGAUGUUUGAAUUCAUCAAUAAUAUUGCAUACUUGAUUGCCCUUUUGAUCUAGGAAUUCCCAAAAUACAACAUCAUCAUCAUAAGGAACAACAUGAGUUUCUUAGGAGGAAUGAGAUUUAAAGAGUUGUCAACAAGCCAGAUAUUGAGUUUGAUAACAGAUAGAUUCUAUGACCAAAUUGUUGAGAGAGAUAUCAAGGACUUCCCUGGAUUCCACCUUGCAAUUCUUGAUAUCUUCCGCACUAUCAACGCAGCCUUACCCGGUAAACACUAUGAUGUUCCUUCCCAAGACCUUGUAAAGGAUUUGUUCGAGAGUUGGAAUGCAAAAGCAAAUGAAAAAGAAAGGAAGGAAGUAUUGAGUUCAUUCAUGAAAAAGAAUGUAAAGAUAAACAAAGUAGAUGAGUCAAUGAUAAUAACAGCAAUAGUAGCACCACCAGCAGCCAUGGUUGUGAAGAGAACAGGACAAACAUUGCCACAACUUAAACUCAUGAAAUCAGUGCCUGAUGUUGUUUUUGUUCCAUCAUUCACCGUUGUGGCACUCAUUGCUGUCAAGAUCGCAAGAAUGUUGUUCAUGAAAAAGACAAUACCACCACCACCACCAAAGGAAGAACAACCUCAAGAGGAACAUCAUCGUCCAUCUCCAACUAGUAGACAAGUCUCAACUCAACCAGCUGCUGAUGAUAAAUCUCAUAAUAAUAAUAAUAAUAAUAAUAAUAAUAAAAAAUGCAACUGGCUGUUAUUGUGAAGAGUGCGGAAUUGUGCAUCGCUGAGUUAUUUUAACAUUUGAAUGUGUUCUUGGUGUUAUGAUUUCAUGAUAUGAAAGGAUGAGGUAUAGUUUCGUGUGUUACAAAUGGAAGAGGGUUGUGAUUAUUUUAAUCAAGUAAAAUUAUGUUUUAUGUAAUU